CAUUUUACCACACAAUAUGAAAACAACAUGCGCCAAUUCGCGAUGUAUCAUGUUCAAGAAAAACAAGAAAUUGUAAGAACGGUGUGGUUCAUUGUGAAAUCAAGAAGAGAUAACAUGGUCUAUGUUGUAUGCAUGAUGUGCAUCGUCGUCAUUGUGAUCGUCGUUCUUGCGUGUCUCUACACAGAACCAAACCCCCCAAAGCUCUCAAUCGAAGAAUUCUCAGUUCCGGCGUUUAACAAAACUUCCGAUCAAAUCUCCGGCGACAUUUACAUCGACCUUAAACUCAGAAACAUGAACAAAGCCGCCGGACUUUACUAUGAUGACCCUUUCACCCUUGCUUUCUCUUACUAUCCAAUUGACGAACCCUACCAGAAAUACGUAUGGGAAUACACCGUGCCACCUUUUUAUCAAGGUAAUGGCAAGAGUAAACAUAUCAUAACCCUCAUCGGAAACCAUCUCCGGCCGCCAUCUAUGGUGGUCGAGGAACAAGAAGAUACCCAAGAGGUGGUGGAGACUGACGGCAAGAGUUAUGAACAUGUCCGAAGUCUUCUUAGGAACCAACUGCAACUGCCGUCUUCUAUGGUGGUCUACGGAGAAGAUGACGGUAAGAGUUUGACGGAGACUCGUCGAGAGUUGAAUUCUACUCCGGCGGAGGUGGUGAGUUUUAGGGUUGAUUUGAUGUUCAGCUAUAGGUUCAAGUUGUUGGCUGACCAUAAUACGCAUGUUUUGGAGAUGGGUGCCGACGUGAUUGUGGAUGCCAACUCCGGCGAGAGGGUUUCGAAAGGAAGCAUUCAGUUAGUGGUGUCCGCCGCUGCAGCCACCGGAGGACCGGUCUUGGCGGUUGUUUUAUUUACUUCAUUUCUUUUCGUGUCCAUUUGAAUGUAUUGUUUU